AUGUAUGGUCACCGAAGACUUUUUGAUAGCUCUGUUCCAAUAUUUAGCAGAUGGGUAGAAAAUGAGUGUCUGAAAAGAUUAGAAGAAAUUGUUUUAUCAGUUGGAGGUCAGCCGUUGAGCAGCUACGGGUUACCAUCGCCACAAAAGGGUGACGAUAUGGGUCUGAAUCAGGAGUAUUUGCGUGAAAUCAGUUAUGAUCAGAAUGAAAUGCAAAAAAUUGUCGCAGAGAACUUGAUAAAAUUAACGGAUGAACAAAGAUCAUUAUACGAUGAGAUACUUUUAAGCAUAAAUAGUUCCUCUGGAGUAACAUUUUUUCUAGAUGCCCCAGGUGGAACAGGUAAAACUUUUCUAAUUAACGUGUUGUUAGCUAAAUUACGAAGUGAUGGCAACAUCGCGUUGGCGGUCGCUUCUUCAGGUAUAGCACCUACCCUCCUCCCAGGAGGGAAAACAGCGCAUUCUGCUUUUAAAAUACCAAUUGACCUCAAUAGCACGGACACCCUAAUGUGCAGUAUAACGAAGAAUUCAGGUAAGGCAUAUCUGAUGAGGAAAUGCUCAUUUGUCGUAUGGGAUGAGAGUACAAUGGCACAUAAAAAGUCGGUGGAGGCAGUGGAUAGGUCACUCCGUGAUAUCAUUGGUGUCGACAGUCCUUUCGGUGGAAUUACAAUGUUGUUUUCAGGCGAUUUUAGACAAACACUACCUGUUAUUUCGCGAGGCACAAGAGCUGAUGAGGUAAAUGCAUGUCUAAAGCGGUCUUACAUUUGGCAAUUUGUUCAGAAAAGGUCCCUAACAAUCAACAUGAGGGUACAUCAGUUAGGUGAAGAGAGUGCCUCGAAACAGUUUGCUGAUAUGCUAUUAAAUAUACCUAUAGGUAAUGGUGACAUUGGAGAUGCCAAUG